GCCUCGCCCAGCACCGGCGAGCGCACCGAUCACAUUCUCGUGCUCCCGUUAAGUGUUCUGUGUCCCGUUUCCCAGUGUAGACUGUAGCCUUGUAAAAAGUUUGGAGCGGGCAUUUAAAUAUAUUUAUAUUAUAAUAUUAAUAUAUAAUUGAAUCUGGAUAAAUCCAUCCAGUGAAUUUUUAGUUGGUUGUUAGUUUGCGUCGUAACUCGUAGCUGUAAGCAUAAAAUGCAAAUUGAAACUUUUGUGUUUUUCGACCUGGAAACUACUGGCCUUCCACAUUUGGAGAGAAACAGAACAAAAAUAACCGAGUUAUGUUUUAUUGCAGUAUCAAGACAUGAUCUCACCACAUGCAAAUCUGGUAAACCCAUAACAAAUAAAUUAUCUUGUGUCUUUAAUCCUGAAAGAAAGAUACAGAUUGCUGCUUCACAAAAAACUGGCUUGACAAAUAUGUCAUUAAAGCACCAGCAAGUGUUUAAAGAUAAAAUUCCUAUUUUAAAUCUAUUUUUGGAGGGAUUAAGAAAGCCAGUGUGUUUAGUUGCUCACAAUGGUAACACUUUCGACUAUAAAGUUUUAAAAGCUGAAUAUAAUGAUGCUCAAAUUGAUUUACCAAGUGAUAUAUUCUGUGUGGAUUCAUUAAUAGGAUUUAGAAAAAUAUUAAAAGAUAAUGAUUUAAGAUUUGACAGUAUAUCCAUAGAUUCUCAUAAUGUUACAUCAUCCACAGUGGAAGAAGAUAUAGUAACUGAUGAUGAGGAUGAGUGGCCUGAACUUAAUGUUAGUUUAGAAGAUUGGCAAAAUAUUGACAAGCUUGUUAUAACCAAUGUAACACCUUCAGAUAGUGAUUCUAAGAAAAGCCUACAGUUAUCAUCAUUAUAUAAACGGCUUCUUAACAAACAUCCAGUGGAUGCACACAGAGCAGAAGCAGAUUGCUCCAUGUUACUGCAAUGUGUAAUUUCAACAAAAGAUCUUUUUUUACCUUGGGCUGACAAAUUCUAUAUAUUGUUGAGUAGUAUCAAACCAUUACAACGACAUUAGCACACUUAUAACAAGUUAUAAUGACACAUUAGUUCAUUACUAUAACUAUGUGAUCUAUUUUGGCCUUAUAAUUUUAGCUUCAGUAAAUAAUCAUUGUUAGCAUUCAUACAUUUAUUUUGUAAUGUUUUUCACCUACACAUCAUUUGUUUGAUGUAUUACUAACAGUAUCUUACGAUACUUUUACUGUUUAAUUGUAUUUAAGGAUUGAUGCUAGUGCAAGAAGCUAAGGAAGCAUGUCAAGCUUGUGGCAAACAGUAAGGAACACUAACUAAGAUAUGUUAUUAUGUUACACCUUAUGGUUUCAGUAAAAAUAGUUUAGAACUAUGUAGCUAAGAUAAAUUAUCUGACAUUAAAUGAAAACUUAUUGAAAUAUCCUUUUACAAUGUAGAGUAUUUUUACCUAUUGUAAUAAAUGUAAGUAUUUACUAGUUUGUUAUUGACUGUUAUAAUUAAUCUUCAAAUAUUUACAAAUAAAAUUAUUUACCUUUACAUAA